UGAUUUGUGUUAUUGUACGCAAUACAACACUCCAAGAAGUUUGUGGUUAAACACAGUCUCUCUCCUAAGGUCCUAGCGCAUAAGAAGCAGUAUAUAUACAAAAUAUACUCGUGGAUCUCCUGCUCACUUUCUCUCUCCUCAAAAUCUCUGUUUUUGUACCUUCAUUAUUCAAUUUCUUCCGGAUUCUAUCAAUCUUAAUUUUAAUUCUGUCAGAUCUCUGCAAAUUAUUCUCAUGCUCAAACUAAACUAUUUCUUCCGAUUAAAUUGCGGCGUAAUUCAGGCCUCGUACUUUUUAUGGUUAUGAAUUGACUUGCUCAGCUUAAUGGGUGGUAUAUUCAGCCUGAACAGUUCCAGUGAGUGUAAACGGCUGGACUAUGAGGAUACAAGUAGAGGCUCUUGCAAGCGGCUAAGGGUAACAAGGUGCUUUGAGCAUAGCACAAGACUAAUUCCUUCUCUUCCAAAUGAACUAUCACUCCAGAUUCUUGCCAGAGUGCCUAGAGCUUACUAUUUGCAACUGAAGUUGGUUUCUCGGACUUGGAAAGAAGCUUUAUCUACUUCUGAAAUAUAUGAUUUAAGAAGAGAGUUUACAAUAACCGAGGAGUGGCUUUUCAUACUGUCUCGUGUUGAAGAUAACUUAUCAUGGUAUGCAUUGGAUCCUGUUUCUCAGAAAUGGCAAAGGUUGCCCCCAAUGCCUCGUAACUUAACCCAUGAUGAAUCUCGUAGAGGCUUGGCUAUUCAAGUGUGGAACUCUUUGGGAUCAAAAUUGAAAAUAGCAGAAGCGAUAAGAGGGUGGCUUGGUGGAGGUGAUCCACUGGACAAACUUCCUUUCUGUGGCUGUUCAAUUGCGGCUGUGAAUGGUUGUCUCUAUGUAGUUGGGGGACUUUCGAGGACCUCAGCUUUAAGGUGUGUCCGACGCUAUGAUCCUAUUCUAAAUACCUGGAAUGAAGUGAGUCCCAUGUUAACUGGUAGAGCUUAUAGUAAGACAGGAGUCAUUAACAACAAACUCUACGUUGUUGGAGGGGUUAGCCGAUACAGAGGUGGGUUAACUCCUUUGCAGUGUGCCGAAGUGUUUGACCCUGAGACAGAUCAGUGGUCUGAGGUUCCCAGCAUGCCAUUCGCUAAGGCUCAGGUCAUGCCUACUGCUUUUUUAGCUGAUCUUCUCAAGCCAAUAGCAACAGGAUUGACAACAUACAAGAAUAAGCUUUAUGUGCCUCAAAGUUUGUACUGCUGGCCUUUCUUUGUUGAUGCUGGUGGCGAAAUAUACGACCCAGAAACUAAUUCAUGGAUUGAAAUGCCUAUUGGAAUGGGCGAGGGUUGGCCUGCUAAGCAGGCAGGAACCAAAUUGAGUGUUGUAGUUGAUGAUGAGUUAUACGCUUUGGAUCUGUCAGGCUCUUUGGAUAAUGCUAAGAUUAAAGUAUAUGAUCACCAAGAUGAUUCUUGGAAAGUUAUAUCUGAAGAAGUUCCUAUGACUCAUGAUCAAACUGAUGCUGAAUCUCCAUAUUUACUUGCUGGUUUCCUUGGAAAGCUUCAUGUGAUCAUUAAAGAUGCCAAUUCUGAUAUUGCAGUUUUGCAAGCUGCUACGGGACCCUUGGCACAACCCGCACAGUUGAAUUCAUUGUCUAGCAGAUGCUCUUUAACUGAAAGCUCUGUUGCAUCGUCUCCGUCAGAAGUUACCUGGAAAGUCAUUGCAUCAAUGAGAACUGGGCCUUCUGAGUUGGUUAGCUGUCAAAUUCUCAGAAUCUGAUUCUUGAUGUUGUUAUCAUUGGCUUAUUGCUCGAAUCUGAUUAGACCUGCAGUUGAUAUAAUCGCCCAGUUUUUGGCGCUAGCGUUAGAUGGAAGAACGUGAUGCAUCUUUUCACUCGUCGCUCAUUCUAGGCGUCCUGCCCCAAGGGAAGGCUAAAAGUGAUUGGAGCUCAGAGGUUACCAUAUGAAUAAUUGCGCAUGGGUACAAGUUUGUGCUGAUAAGAACAUGUAAUAAUAACUAAUAAGUACUUGUGCAUUUUUCUUUGACGCUAUUGUUGGCUGUUUGGUUAGCGUCAAUUGUAGAUAUACAUAAUACGAUUAAUACCACGUCCUACACUCCUACUCUGUCUACUCCACUCUUAAUUCAUUUUUUUUUUUUCUUUUCUA